AUGGCAGCAAAAUGGUGUUUCGUGUUUCUGCUAGCUCUUGUUGUAGUUCAGGCUACAGCUAGGGUUCUACCAAGUGAGAGUAAGAGUCUUGCGGACCAAAAGAACGUCGCCUCAUUCGGUGGUGCUGGUGUCUACAGUGGCAUUGGCAAUGGCGGGCUGCCAUACGGUGGCGUUGUGGGUGGAGUAGGUUCAGGUGGCGAUCUUGGUGGGAUACCCGGAUUCAGCGGUGUUGGAGGAGUUAUCGGGACGGGACCAAAUGGUGGUGGUCUUGGUGGACUAGGUGGUACUGGUGGCUUGCCCGGUCUCGGAGGAGGCAGCAGCGGUCUUGGUGGCGAUGGAGCCGGUGCUUUACCAUAUCCUUGA